UUUCAUCUCUUCUUACGCGGACACCACUUAAUUUGAACCGCAAAACAAAUCGACGUAAUGUGAACUUGGGGAAGGAGUCGCAGCAAUCCGACUUGACGCACGUGACGUCAUCGCCAGGCUGGCUUGUCGUGAUCGGAUGAGGCGGACAGGUUAUUUUAGUUUGCUGUGGUUGGACUGAAAGGAGCAGAAGAUGUCGAAGAUGAUUAUUUUAUUUGGGCUGUUUGUGGUGGCUGCGCAGUUCCAAGUUGUGAGGCCUGUGAUCCACUCGCACAAGUAUUUUAAAACUGCGUAUUCUCCAACUCCAAACACGGUAGACUAUUGGGUGGUUUAUUAUGUUGACGACGUUCAGAUAAUUCACUGCCACAGCAAGAGCGGGACGUGUGAACCCACACAGGAGUGGAUGAACAAAGUCACACUCGAGGAUCCCCACUUCUGGGAGAGCAUGAGAGACAGGAUGAAUUAUAACCAGCAGUCCAACAAAGACAUUUUGGCAAAGAUGAGAGAGCGCCUCAACCACACUGGAGGUGUUCACAUGUUUCAGAGGAUAUCUGGCUGCGAAUGGGACCAAGAGGCUGACAAGUUUGACGGUUCGACUGACAUCAGUUACAACGGGGAAGACUUCCUGACGUUUGACCUGCAGACGUGGACAUGGAUCGCCGUCCAUCCGCAAGCUUUCGCCACCAAACUCAAGCUGGACCAAUUGGACGCCUAUCGUAAAUUCAAGCAGCAUUACCACAUGGAGAUUUGUCCUUCUUUGCUGAAGAUGUUUUUGAAAUAUGGGAGGGACUUCUUGAUGAGAACAGAGCUGCCGGUGAUGUCCCUGCUGCAGAAGACGCCGUCGUCUCCGAUCACCUGCCACGUGACGGGUUUCUACCCCUACAAAGCCGCCCUUUUCUGGAGGAAGGACGGCGCGGACCUCCACGAGGACGUGGAGAUGGGAGAGACCCUCCCCAACCACGACGGAACCUUCCAGAUGACGGCCCACCUGAAUGCGGAGCUGCCGGCCGACGCGGAGGACCGCUACGAAUGCGUCUUCCAGCUGUCCGGGGAGGCCACCAGGGUCACCAAGCUGGACAGAAGACUCAUCCUGAGCAACGAGCGCGACCGAGAGGAAGAAAUCAGGAAGAUGACGCUGGCCGUGGCGAUCCCCGUCGCGCUCCUCGUUCUGCUGGCGCUGCUGUUCGUGGUCCUCGUCAAGCUUCACAAAAGCAGACAAGCCAAAUACACGGCAGCAUCUGUUGACGGCGAUUCCGAGCUCACUUCUGGGCCUCCUUCCGAGCCCGAAUCUGUCGCCGAGUCGACUUGUCUUUGAGUCAACGACAAAGAUAAAAGUCUGAAAAUAUCCAAAAGGCCAGUGCGACCCGGACGAAAACUUCCAACGAAGAAGAGCCAGAAUUGCAAACGACUCAACUCGCAAUCAGCUCGUGAUCGAUCAAAGUCGGUCUGAAGUUACCUGAGAGUAUUGUGACGGGAGAUGGCGGUGUGAAGCUUAACCUAUUGCCAGUUUUUUCGAUCAACACUUUUUUACCCUCAAACAUACUGUUUUGCAAUAAACAUUUGACAUGUUUUGAAUCAAGAAAUCUUCAUCAUGGGCUCUUUUACAUACUGGUAAGAAGUAAACACGGGACAUUGAAAAUACAGUCAUAUUGAUGCGCUUCCACGGGUAAAAUCAAGCAAUUUAUUUGGACAUGUUGAGACAUAAAAACAUCAUUUGUAUCACCUGAAUAAACAUUUCUUCCAGACGAGUAAUAGAAAUACAUGGAUUGAAUCAUCAGUAAAAAUCAACCUCCCCCUC